AUGUCGUCUACCUACCUCAACUAUCCCUCUUCCACGCUCGUCUCACCCGGACAGCCAGAUAUAGUGCGGCGUACUAUCGAUUCUGAGUCUGUCAGAAACAUGCACAGCAUGACUGCUAUGUCUUCCUCUUCUUCUUCCCCUAAAUUCACGCUAUACACCUACUUCCGCUCCUCCUGUUCAGCCCGGCUCCGCAUCGCCCUGAACCUCAAGGGCAUCCCCUAUGUUUCCAGGACGGUAAAUCUGCUCAAGGACGAGCAUCUCACUGCGGAGCACAGCGCGAUUAACCCCUCCAAUACCGUUCCGGCACUGGUCGUCGAGUUCCCUGCUUCAAAGAAAGCACGCGGCUUCACCAUCACCCAGUCCCUGGCGGCAUUGGAGUACCUCGAAGAAAUCGAUGCAAGUCACCCGCUCCUCCCACCUGUAUCAGACCCAGAGGCUCGUGCAACAGUCCGCACCCUGGCGGAUAUCAUAGCCUGUGACGUCCAACCGGUCACGAACCUCAAGGUCCUGAAGUGGGUUGGGAAGCCCGGUGUCCACAUCGACCGGGAGAAAUGGGCGAGGACGUUCAUCAUGGACGGCUUCCGUGCGUACGAGGCUAUCGCGGCUUCUACGGCGGGGAAAUUCAGUGUGGGUGACCAGAUCACCUUAGCUGAUGUAUGUUUGAUACCUGCUGCAUGGGGGGCGGAGAGGGUUGGGGUGAAAUUGAGUGCAUUCCCGACGAUUGAGAGGGUGGUCAAGAGAUUGGAGAAGGAAGAUGCCGUGAAGAAUGCGCACUGGAGGGCCCAGGAGGAUACUCCGGUGGGUUUGAGAUGA